AGAAGUAACCAGGGCUUAAGUGAUAGAGAUGUUCCUGCACUGGUGUCUGCUGUCGAUCGGUUUCUCUCUCAGCACAUCAACCACAGCAACAGAAGCCAUUCUCUGGGUGAAGACAGGGGGGAAGUUUACCAUAAAGUGCUCCACCACUCUAAAAGACCAGGAAGGAAUGUACCUGUAUGUUGGGCUGGACAGGGACAGGGAGGUGUUGUAUUACCACCAGCGUGACUCCAAGCUGUCCCCCAGGAAAGGCUACUGGGACAGAGUGAAGACUGAGGGACCUGUGGACCAACUGACCAUCACCGUCAGUAACCUGACCAUAGAGGACACAGGAGUCUACUGGUGUGUUUACACAAAUGUCAACAAAUCCACGUUCAAUAAUUUGAUCAUCCAAGGCAAAGGCUCCACUCUGGUGGUGGUGAAUGGCUCAGACAGUGUAGUAGUGUGGGCACAAUAGCAUCUCAUUCGUGUGCAAGAUCUUGAGAAUCAACUGUACAUGUGAUGGAAGAAUGCACUGUGCAUGCAGUGGGUUGCAAUUCCAUUGAAUUGGGGAUAGUUUAAGCAAAAUAUUCCACAAGACCUAGGAUUGCCUUAUGUAUAUUCCACAAAAAAAGUUCACUGUUAUAACCUAACUUGUUUUGAUGAAUUUAAGCUAAAUAUCCCAAAUUCCCGGGCUUAACUUCCCAUGGAAAAUUUUCCGGAAAGUUUCCAACCCUUUGCAACCCUACUGGUCACUUUAAUAAUGGAACACAGGUCACUUUAAUAAUGGAACACAGGCCACUUUAAUAAUGGAACACAGGUCACUUUAAUAUUUACAUACUAUUUUACCCAUUUCAUAUGUAUAUACUGUAUUAUAGUCCAUCUUAUUCAACUAUUGUUGUACAUAUACUAUUCUAUCCACAGAUUCUUCAGAUAUACUAUUCUAUCCACAUACUGUCCAUAAUGUUUAUACAUCCCACAUUGCUCGUCUUAAUAUUUAAACAUUUCUUAAUUCCAUUCUUUUACUUUUAGAUUGGUGUGAAUUGUUAUUUCUCAUUAGAUUUUACUGCCCUGUUGGAGCUAGGAACACAAGCAUUUCACGACACAUGUAAUAACGUCUGCUAAACAUGUGUAUGUGACCAAUAAAAUGUAAAACAGUAGUGGUUGUGUCACACCCUGGCCGAGAGGGGUUCAAUUCAAUUCAGAGGCGUCAAUAGCUCAAUACAAACUAUUUAAAAUAGGCUACUAAAAUCAUCCACAUCCAGAUUAAAAGGAAAAUGCAGUUAGCAGAAUUAAAGGCUGACUUUAUGACCAUGUGGAAUACCUGGGAGACGGAGGUAAGGCUGUUUGUAUGGCUGGCUGAAUUUAGGGAGAGCAGAGAUCUGUAUUUAAUGACUAGAAGCUCAUGUCUCCACCCUAACAAUGGGAGUAGUUGGCAGGAAGGCAGGCGACAAAAUAACCCCAUAGAAACGCAUUGGGCUUAUUUUGGCAAGAUUUUGGCAAGAGGGGAACCUCUCGCUUCGCCUGUUCCUCUCUGUGGAGACCACAGGAGGUUGUCGAGGGGUAGUAAUGGCUGGAACGAAGGUAACUACUGUUUAACUUGAC